AUGGGUUCUAAAACUACACCAGAGGCUAUCAAGCCUCUUAUGCUGAUUGACGGUCAAUUGGUUGAAGCCUCGGAUGGAAACUCAUUUCCCCUCUUCAACCCAGCAACCGGUGAAAAGGUCACGGACGUCCCAGAAGCUACAAAAGGUGAUACCAACAGGGCCGUCGCAGCUGCACAGCGUGCAUUCCCAGAAUGGUCCGCUAUGGACCCUGCCAAGCGCGGCAGCUACCUGAAGAAACUCGCCGCUCUCAUCAAAGAACACAACAACGAAUUAGCUCUCCUUGAAGCCAAGUCCAUGGGUCGUCCCUUGGCUGAGUUCUUUGAGGGCUACGCCGCUGCUUCUAGCUUCGAGCACUACGCCGAAGCUUGGCCUCAUAUCCAGGGCCAGGCAAGUCUUAACACACCUGGCUAUGUCACCAUGACUCUGCGCCAGCCUUUUGGUGUUGUCGCAGCUAUCAUUCCCUGGAACGCCUCUCUUCUGUUUUUCGCCAGUAAAUCAGCUCCUGCUCUGAUCACUGGAAACACAGUGGUUAUCAAGUCCAGCGAAAAGGCACCUCUUGGCGCUGCUAAAUUCGCUGAGCUCAUUCACAAAGCCGGUUUCCCUCCUGGAGUCUUCAAUGUUGUGUCUGGCCAUGGUAGCCCCUCUGGAGCCGCACUUGCGUCGCACAUGGACGUACGGGCUAUCAGCUUCACUGGAUCUGGUCCUACUGGCCGCGCAAUCCAAGAAGCAGCUGCCAAGUCCAACCUGAAGAAGGUCAUCCUCGAGCUCGGCGGUAAAUCGCCCGUCAUUAUCUUCGACGAUGCAGACCUUGAGCAGGCUGCUAAGGAUACCAUGCACAGUAUCCAGUGGAACAGUGGUCAGGUCUGCAUGGCUAAUUCUCGUGUUUACGUGCAAGAUUCUAUCGCCGAUAACUUCGUCCAAGCUUGCAAGAAAGCAUUGUCUGCCGCAAAGCCGGGUAAUCCCACAGAGAAGGGCAUCAAUCAUGGCCCUCAAGCCGACAAGGUUCAGUAUGAAAAAGUCAUGUCUUAUAUCAAUGAGGGUAAGCAGUCGGGAACACUGGAACUCGGUGGCAACGGCAACUUUGAAAAGACCGGUGGUUUCUUUGUCGAACCCACUAUCUUUGUAAACACGCCCGAGGAUGCAAAGGUCAUGAAGGAGGAAAUCUUUGGACCUGUUGUCAACAUCAACACUGUCAAGACAGAAGAGGAGGCUAUCGAAAAGGCAAACGACACGGAGUAUGGUCUGUAUGCUGCAGUGUAUACCAAGAAUGUAGACAGGGCUAUGAGAGUCACCCAGAAGCUCAACUCUGGUUAUGUAGGCAUCAACUGUACUAGCCCUACCACGGCGAGGGACCUGCCUUUUGGAGGGUACAAGUCAUCGGGCCAGGGCCGAGAGGGCUGGCUCUACAGUUUGGACAAUUUCUUGGAGGUUAAGAGUGUGAUGAUGAAGGUUGACAGUGGUCCCAAAUUAUAA